CCACCCCGGCGCGGCCCCGUUGAAAGGGGCUGCGGCGGGGUGCGGGCGGCAGAGCGCGGGGGGUAUGGACAAGAGCAGCUACGCCAUGGCCAAGUUCGGCUUGGAGAGCAAGGAGGCCGUGCCCAAGCGCGACUGCGGCUUCUACAUGAAGUACGUCUUCCUCUUCACCUCGCUCAUCCAGUUCCUCAUCAUCCUGGGGCUGGUGCUCUUCAUGGUGUACGGCAACGCGCACGCCGGCACCGACACGCACCUCCAGCUCCUGGAGCGGCAGAUGCAGGACCGCUACAACAAGAUCAUCACGCUCAGCGGCAGGAACGCCAACCUCACGCGGGCCCUCAACGCCACCGCCAAGGAGCGGCAGGGGCUGCAGGCGCUCGCCCAGAAGCUGCAGCGCGACCUGGACAAGUGCAACAGCAGCCAGGCCGCCCUCGGCACCCAGCACGAGCUGCAGCAGAUGAGGGUGAUCAUCAUCUACCAGAAGACGAAGCUGGACGAGUGCCACAUGACCAUCAGCCUCAUCAACGCCAGCUGCCAGGCCGAGAAGGCCACGCUGCAGAGCCAGCAGGACCAGGUGGCCCUGGCCAGGCGGCAGGCGGAGGAGAGCUGCGCCCAGGCCAGCGCCGCGCUGGGCAAGGUCACCCGCGAGAACGAGGGCUGCCAGCGGGAGCUGCUCACCACCAAGACCAGCUGCGACGGCGCCCGGUCGCAGCUGGAGCUGCAGAAGCGGGAGUGCGUCUCGCUGCGCGCCGACGUGGCCUACUCCCUGCAGCGCAUCCGGGAGCUCCUGGGCCCCUUCAGCUGCGGCAGCGCCCAGGAGCAGCUCAGCUGGCUGGCGCAGCGCGCCGAGGGGCUCUUCCUCUGGCAGCAGGAGCGCGACACCAAGUACGUGGGCAAGACCGUGUGCAGCAUGACCGUGGCCCAGUGCCAGCUGAACUGCUCCCACGACAAGCAGGACCUGGACAAGCGGCUGCAGGACGCCGAGAAGCGGCUGCAGAGCAGCCAGGAGGAGAAGAAGAAGCUGGCGGCGGCCAAGGAGCAGCUCGGCAAGGAGCUGGAGGAGAAGAGCAGGGCGGCGGUGCAGGCCGCCUACCUCAGGGAGCAGCUCAACAUCUGCAUGGCCUCCAAGAUGGACGCCUUCCCCGACGUCAGCGGCGCGCGGGUGCCGGGGGCCUUCGGCGGCCGCCCCGGCGCCUUCGGGAACGCGGGCACCUACGUGAGCGCCGACGCCCUGAGGAACCAGGGCAUCUUCGGGAACAUGGGCAAAAUCAACGUGGAGGAGAUCCAGCGCUCGGUGCAGAAGAUCAUGGAGCAGUACGCGCCCAAAAACCCCAGCGGCUAGCAGCCGAGCCGGCGCACGGGACCAGCCGGAGCGGCGCUUCCCACGGCACGGACGGCUCAGCAUCCGCACCCCCAUCCCCGGGGACCACGGCAAAUCUCUCUCCAUCCCCCUUUUCCCACCCCGUUUUCCCCGUAUCUCCCCUCGCCGCCGGCUGCGGGAGCGGGACCGCGGUGCUCGGCCCCGCCAUGCGUGUCUGUAUUCGGGUGCACGGAGCCGGGGGCUGCAAAUACACUGGGCACCGGCACGGCG